AUGUCUUUAGAAAAGCUUAUAAUUCUUAUCGUUGGCUCUGGCGGUCGUGAGCAUGCUAUUGCCUGGAAAUUGUCCCAGUCUCCCAAAGUUGAACAUAUAUUUGUAGCCCCAGGUAAUGGAGGUACUGAAAAUGGAAUAGAUAAAGUGUCUAAUGUUAAUAUUGCUGUCAAUGACUUUGUCGGUUUGACACAGUUUGCUCUGUCAAAUAAUAUUAAUUUGGUCGUACCUGGUCCUGAGCAACCUCUUGUAGAAGGCAUUGAAUUAGCUUUUAGGAAAAUUGGAAUUCGUUGUUUUGGUCCGUCGCCAAAAGCUGCAAUUAUGGAAGGUUCCAAAACAUUUGCAAAAAAUUUCAUGAAAAAACAUAAUAUUCCUACUGCCAUUUAUGAGAAUUUUUCUGAUUAUGAAAAGGCCAAAGCUUUUCUCGAGUCGGUUACUUAUAACGUAGUCAUAAAGGCUUCAGGUCUAGCUGGAGGCAAAGGAGUCCUAAUCCCUAAUAAUAAACAAGAAGCUUUAGAUGCAUUGAAAGAAAUUAUGGUUAAUAAAGUAUUUGGAUCCGCUGGCGACGAAAUUGUUAUUGAAGAGUUUCUUGAAGGCCAAGAAUUGAGUGUCUUGACUUUUUCUGACGGUUACACUUUUGUGUCCCUUCCUCCCGCUCAAGAUCACAAACGCAUUUUUGAUGGUGAUCAGCUUAACGCAAAGAUAAAAAAUACAAUUAUUAAACCUACUAUUGAUGGCAUGAGACGUGAUGGCUUCCCAUUUGUUGGAAUGCUUUUUACCGGACUAAUGAUAACUUCUUCUGGUCCAAAGGUGUUAGAGUAUAACGUACGCUUUGGUGACCCGGAAACUGAAGUCGCAUUACCACUUUUGAGUGAUGAUUCAGAUUUGGCCGAAAUAAUGCUGGCAUGUGCCGAAGGGCGAUUGGAUUCGGUUCGUAUUAACACAAAACCUAGUUUCGCGGCUGCUGUCAUUAUUGCCUUGGGUGGUUAUCCUGGAAACUAUCAAAAAGGAAAAAAAAUUUCUAUUCAAAACGUUCCUUCUGAAGCAUUAAUUUUUCACGCUGGUACUAGUAUAAACAAUGGACAACCUGUUACAUCUGGUGGUCGCGUGCUUGCAGUGACAGGAGAAGGACGCACAUUAAGAGAUGCUGUGAAUAAAGCUUAUGAAUGUGUCAAAGCAAUCCAGUUUGAAAAUAUGGUCUAUCGAAAAGAUAUUGCUCACCGUGCUUUUUCAUAUUUGACUCAAAAUCCUACAGAAAAUGAUAUAAUGACAUACGCUUCUGCAGGUGUUUCCAUUGAUUCCGGAAAUAGCCUUGUCCAAAAAAUUAAAUCAUUAGUGAAAAGCACUCUACGUACUGGUUCUGAUUGUGAAAUAGGUGGAUUUGGUGGUCUUUUUGAUUUAAAAGCUGCUGGAUUCACUGAUCCUAUUUUGAUAGCAACUACCGACGGUGUGGGAACUAAAUUAAAGAUCGCACAGGCGGUUAACAUUCAUAACACUAUUGGUAUUGACCUUGUCGCCAUGAAUGCCAAUGAUCUAAUUGUACAGGGUGCUGAACCUCUAUUUUUUCUCGAUUACUAUGCAUGUGGUAAAUUAAAUAUUGGUGUUGCAAAGGACGUAAUAGAAGGUAUUGCAGCGGGAUGCCUAGAAUCUAACUGCGCGUUGAUUGGUGGUGAAACUUCAGAGAUGCCUGGAGUUUAUAAUGAAGGCGAUUAUGAUUUGGCGGGGUUUGCAGUUGGAGCGGUAGAGCGUGGAAAUAUACUCCCACGUAAAUCUGAUAUAAACGUUGGUGACAUCCUUAUCGGUAUUUCGUCUUCAGGCAUUCAUUCUAACGGUUUUUCAUUGGUGCGCAAAAUUGUUGAUAAAUAUAACCUUGGAUAUGAAUCACCUUGUCCGUGGAACACAAAACUCACACUUGGUGAAGACUUACUUACACCAACAAGAAUUUAUGUCAAACGAUUACUGCCUCUAGUCAAGAAAGGUAUUGUCAAGGCAAUGGCACAUAUCACAGGUGGAGGUUUUGUAGAUAAUAUACCGAGGGUCAUUCCUGAACACCUCGGAGCUAAUAUAGAUUCAAAGUCAUGGAAAAUACCGGAAGUAUUCAAGUGGCUCGCGAAAAAUGGGAAUAUACCUUCUGGUUUGUAUUUAGGUUUUCAAACAUUGCAUGAGUUAUUUCGCACAUUUAACUGUGGAAUAGGAAUGGUCUUGGUUGUGUCACCUAAUGAUAAAAUUAAUGCUAUAAAUUUACUCGAAAAAAGUGAACACGAUACCGAUAUUUACGAAAUUGGUCGUGUGGUGACAAGAGAGAUGAAUAAUGGAAACCAAGUAUGUAAUAAUAAAACAUUCUUUAUUUGUGCUUAUACGGGUACUAAAAUGAGCCCGGUACUCGUGGUGGGUAAAUACGAUAAUCGUCAGUUAUGCAGCUCACAAGAUCUCAAAGUUCCAAGUCGAAAUUCAUCGGAAUCAUGGUUGACUAGUUGCUAG